CUCCAAGCGGACAUAGACAAGGGCACGUCAUACUUCUCCCCGCUCAGCAAGCCCCGAAAUUCUGCAGCCAAGGAUUUUAUGCGCUCGCCAGUCACGUCUACAGUGCACGUUAUUAACGAAUCCGAGAAACGCGCGUAUAUCGAGCAUAUCAAUGCGAACAUGGCGGAGGAUCAGCAUGUCGCGGCGCUGCUGCCGAUUGCGCCCGAGGGGGGGGACCUGCUGGAUAAAGUGCAGUCAGGCGUGUUGCUCUGUAAGCUGGUGAAUCUCGCAGCGCCGGGCACCAUAGACGAACGCGCGAUCAACAGCAAGGCGCAGCUGAACGCGUGGCAACGCAGCGAGAACCAUACGCUCGCGCUCAACUCCGCGCGCGCGCUGGGGUGCCAGGUGGUGAACAUCAGCGGACAGGACAUUGCUGAGCGCAGGGAACACUUGCUCUUGGGCCUCAUCGCACAAAUUAUCAAGGUGCAUCUGCUGUCAUUCGUCAGCGUGUCUGCUGCCCCUGAGCUCAUCGAGGAAUUGGAGAAAGAGUCAGGGGAGGACGUGCGACACGAGUCAAGCGAGCAGCUGCUGCUGCGGUGGAUGAACAUGCACCUCAAAAAGGCCAACUACCACAAGGAAGUCUCCAAUUUCAGCCAGGAUAUCAAAGACGGCGAGGCGUAUACCCUCCUGCUGAACCAGCUGUCGCCAGACAUGUGUGACUUGUCGCCGAUGCAGUACCAGCCGGGGCUGGAGCGGGCGCAGCAGGUGCUGAAGCAGGCGGAUAGGAUAGGGUGCUGCAAGUAUGUGCAGGCUCAGGAUAUUGUGGAUGGGAGCAUGAAUCUGAAUCUGGCGUUUGUUGCCAACCUCUUCCACAUGAGGCACACACUCAAGGCACAGGAGGAGGCAAAUGCAGCGGACGACAAAUCGGGUGUCGAGAACGCAGAAGCAGCUGCUGCAGCAGCAGCAGGUGCGGUGCGGUUGGGAGUGGUGCAGCAGGCGGAGCUGGAGGUGGAUCGCAGUCUGGACAGUGACGAGGAGCGCGUGUACCGCUUCUGGAUCAACAGCGUGGGCGUGUCCACUCCUGUUUGUGAUCUCUUCCGGGACGUGCGCGAUGGUAUUGUUCUUUUGGAGGUUAUGGAUAAGAUUCGCCCAGGGUGUGUGGAGUGGAAAACAGUCGCACGGCCCUCGGGCGGGCAGCAGCACCUGCGGGCAGUCUACAAAAAAAUCGAGAACUGCGAGCAGGCGCUGCGGGUCGGGCGGCAGCUGAAGCUGAAUCUGGUCGGCACGGGCGGCAACGAUAUCGUAUCGGGGAACCGGAAGCUGAUUCUGGGGUUCUUAUGGCAGCUGAUGCAUCUGCACAUGGUGUCGCUGCUGCAGCACCUCAGGCACAACCAUGAGUUGAGCGAUGGGGAUAUUCUGCAGUGGGCGAAUGAGCGGGUGGAGAAGGCAAAGCGGUCCUCACGCAUGCAGAGUUUCAAGGAUCCGAGGCUGUCGUCAGGGCUGUUCUUCCUUGAUCUCAUGUUUGCAGUGGAGCCAAGAGUGAUCAACUGGGACAUAGUCACCCGCGGCGCUAACGAGGAGGAGAAGCUGCAGAACGCGCACUAUGUGAUCAGCGUGGCCAGGAAGCUGGGGUGCUCCGUGUUCCUGGUGCCUAACGACAUUGUCAAGGUGCGACCCAAGAUGAUUCUCAUGCUCACAGCAUCAAUCAUGGCGUUCUACCUGCAAUUUAAGGAGGAAAAGGACAAGGCUCUACGCGAAUCGCUCGACUCUGGCACCACUAUCCCUUCCUUUGCUGCUUCGAGCUCCUUCAACUCAUCUGCAUCCACAGCAAGUUCAGAUGCGUCCAUGCCUGUAGCUCGGCUGGAGUUUGAGGAGUUCACAGAUACGCCAGUGUCUGCUGUGCAAGGUGUAGCCAGUGCGGUGGAGAGCGGUUCAAAUGGGAGCAUUCCAUCGAUCAAGCAGCGCAAGGCGGAGCUGUUUGCGAGAAACAUAUCGUCACCUGUGCCUAUGAAGCCGCUUAGCCUGGCUGUUACCAGAUAG